GUGCGCAUGCGUCAAGAAAUGUGGGGCGGGUGAGACGAUUGCGUGCGCCUCACGGCAGCGCAGUGAAGCUGGGAAAGGGCGGAGGGGUUGGCGCGUGCGUAUUGAACGGCUAUUUUGGCGGGCGUUGCGCAGAAGCGGCGGCUGUGAGGGGGUACAACCCAGGGAGGGGGAGUUGGUUUCGUCUGAAGCCCGUUACUUUCUUCAGGAAUUGGGUAGCCUUGGUGCAUUAGGUGCAACUCCACGCUAUGGGCAAGAGAAACAAGAGGACAGCAGAUAGUUCGUCCUCUGAAGAUGAGGAGGAAUAUGUUGUGGAGAAGGUUCUAGACAGGCGUGUUGUGAAGGGUCAAGUGGAGUAUCUUCUCAAGUGGAAAGGAUUCUCUGAGGAGCAUAAUACUUGGGAACCUGAGAAGAACCUUGACUGCCCUGAACUGAUUUCUGAGUUUAUGAAAAAAUAUAAAAAAAUGAAAGAAGGUGAAAACAAACCCCGGGAGAAAUCGGAGAGUGGCAAGCGAAAAUCAAGCCUCGCCAAUAAUACUGAGGACAUCAAAGCCAAAAAGAAGAGGGAGAGCACCGAUAUCGCCAGGGGCUUUGAAAGAGGAUUGGAGCCAGAAAAGAUCAUCGGAGCCACAGACUCCUGUGGCGAUUUAAUGUUCCUAAUGAAAUGGAAAGACACGGAUGAGGCUGACCUGGUUCUAGCCAAAGAAGCCAACGUGAAGUGCCCUCAAAUUGUGAUAGCGUUUUAUGAAGAGAGAUUGACCUGGCAUGCAUACCCAGAAGACGCUGAGAACAAAGAGCGGGAGGCAGUGAAGAGCUAAAGUGACCGGGGUCCUCUGUCCAUCCAUAGUUGUACAUAUAUUCUACCCCUCUCUUCCCCCUUCAGCCCAAACACAUCCAUGAAAAUGUGCUUAUUACUGUGUUCCACAGGAGAAACGUUGAUAUUGGUUGGUUUAGUUUUGACAUAAAUGGUGUUGAAGUCA